AUGGAGUCGGGACCCUUCGACAACAGAGAGGUACUUUAUCUACAGCAUGAGCAUAGGUCCCAGUAUAUAUGGAAUGCACCGGUAUCCUCUAGAAGAGUGGUCCGUACCCGUUUGGGGGAGUCAGCAUGGGAUAUGCUAGAGGCUAUUCGCCCACAUCCCCGUGUCAUAGAUAUACUACGUCGGGGUGGUAUCUACCGGUGCAUCGAGGCAUUGUAUAGAGUGGAGCCUCCGGAGAUGCUGCCGUAUCACCAGGAGUUGGCUAGGCUCACUGGUUACGAGCCUCUGCAGAGGGAUAUGCAUGUACGGAGUCGGUUGUUGCGGUCCUCCCUCCAUGCUCACUUGCGCCUCGUAGAUCUGCAGGGUCCGAUUGACGAGGCGACGCCUCAGGCUGAUGUCGACCGACGUGCUCGCUUAUAUCUUCUCAUCAUAUUCGGAGGCAUCAUGUUCCCGAACACGUCGGGUGCGGAUAUGAGCAUUAGGUAUCUACUCUUUAUUGAGGACCUGGACCAGCUGGGAUGUUAUAGUUGGGGUGCCGCUGUCCUGGCUUGCAUGUACAGAUGA